GUCUUCGUUGGGAACAUCCCGUACACUGCCAGCGAAGAUCAGCUCCAGGAAGUGUUUGAGACUGCUGGCCCUGUCCUCGCUUUCAGACUCGUCCUCCACCCUGAGACUGGAGCGCCGAAAGGGUUUGGAUUCUGCGAGUUCAGAGAUGUGGAAUCGGCAGAGAUUGCAGUUCGGAACCUCAACAACUAUGAGAUGAACGGUCGACCACUGCGUGUUGACUUUGCUUCAUCGAUCUCGGAUCAGAAGUGA